CCGGGUGCGCGGCGCAGCGUCCUGUGCUGGAAUGUGCGGCUCCCGCGAGCUCGCGGCGCAACAGCAGACCGGGCGCCGCCGAGGCCGCGGGCCCCAGACCGGGGCAGCGGGGAGCUCUGCGACGGCAGGGCGAGGGCCGGAGGUCUGAUCCCGCUCCCCGAUCGCCCCGCGGGUUCGCGGGCCUCGGCGCUCAACUUUUCCCCUCUCUCUCUCCCCUCCCCCGAAAGUCCAGCAACAAAGAAAAGGAGUUGAGAGCGACGGCAGCGGCGACGCGGGGGCUGCGGUCCGUGGGCGCGCAGGCGAGAGGUGUGCAGUUAUGGCCACCCAGGUGAUGGGGCAGUCUUCUGGAGGAGGAAGUCUGUUCAGCAGCAGCGGCAACAUGGGCAUGGCCUUACCUAGCGAUAUGUAUGACUUGCAUGACCUCUCCAAAGCUGAACUGGCGGCACCCCAGCUCAUCAUGUUAGCCAAUGUGGCCUUGACUGGGGAAGUCACUGGCGGCUGCUGUGAUUACCUGGUGGGUGAAGAAAGACAGAUGGCAGAAUUGAUGCCUGUGGGGGACAACCACUUCUCAGAUAGCGAAGGGGAAGGACUUGAAGAAGCGGCCGAACUCAAAGGUGACCCCAGUGGGCUGGUAAACGUAGGACUGAGAAGUUUGGAGCUCAGUGCAGUGGAGCCGCAGCCGGUGUUUGAAGCAUCAGCCGCCCCAGAAAUGUACAACUCAAGCAAAGACCUCCCUCCCGAAACGCUUGGGACGGAGGACAAAGGCAAGAACACGAAGGCCAAACCCUUUCGCUGCAAGCCCUGCCAGUAUGAAGCUGACUCCGAAGAGCAGUUUGUCCAUCACAUCCGGGUUCACAGUGCGAAAAAGUUCUUUGUGGAAGAAAGUGCCGAGAAACAGGCCAAGGCCAGGGAAUCUGGCUCUUCCACGGCCGAGGAGGGGGAUUUCUCCAAGGGCCCCAUCCGCUGUGACCGCUGUGGCUACAAUACCAACCGGUAUGAUCACUACACGGCUCAUCUAAAACACCAUACCAGAGCUGGGGAUAAUGAGCGUGUCUACAAGUGUAUCAUUUGCACGUACACAACAGUAAGCGAGUAUCACUGGAGGAAACACUUGAGAAACCAUUUUCCAAGAAAAGUCUACACGUGUAACAAAUGCAACUAUUUUUCAGACAGAAAAAAUAAUUAUGUACAACAUGUUCGGACUCACACAGGAGAACGCCCAUAUAAAUGUGAACUUUGUCCUUACUCGAGUUCUCAGAAGACACAUCUAACUCGACACAUGCGUACUCAUUCAGGUGAGAAGCCAUUUAAAUGUGAUCAGUGCAGUUAUGUGGCUUCAAAUCAGCACGAAGUGACCCGACAUGCAAGACAGGUUCACAACGGGCCGAAACCUCUUAACUGUCCUCACUGUGACUAUAAAACGGCAGACAGAAGCAACUUCAAAAAGCAUGUGGAGCUGCAUGUCAACCCACGGCAGUUCAACUGCCCCGUGUGUGACUAUGCAGCUUCCAAGAAGUGUAAUCUACAGUAUCAUUUCAAAUCUAAGCAUCCUACCUGUCCUAGUAAAACCAUGGAUGUCUCAAGAGUGAAACUGAAGAAAACCAAAAAGAAGGAGGCUGACUUGCAUAAUAACAACAUCACCAAUGAAAAAACAGAGAUAGAGCAAACAAAAACAAAGGGGGAUAUGUCUGGAAAGAAAAACGAGAAACCUGUAAAAGUAGAGAAAAAAGAGAAGAAAUCUUGUGGCAAUGUUGCAGUGGUCCAGGUAACUACCAGAACUAGGAAAUCCGCCACAGAGACGAAAGCAGCGGAGAUGAAACACAUAGAUGUAACUACAGGUAAUAGUUCAGACAAACUCAGUAAAGCCAAGAAAAACAAAAGAAAGAUGGAUGCUGAAGCCCAUUUCCCAGAUGAUCCUGUGAAUGAGGAACCAGUGCCGAAAAAGAAACAGAAGACAGAGAGCAAAUCCAAAAACAGAUCUGAAGUGCCAAAAGGGGACAGCAAAGUGGAGGAGGGAAAGGGGGACAAUAAAAAGCAUAAUGUUCCCAUUAAGAAAGGUACAAAGAAGAAAACUGUAAAAAGUAAACCAAGUAAGAAGGGCAGCAGACCUGCUCAGGAGACUCAGAAGGAGACAGCUCAGACAGAGCCUCCCUCCGUAGAGCUGACUCACGGGGAGGUCUCUCCAGUUCCUGCUCAGGUUGUGGUCACUGUGACAGGGUCUACUCAGACAGGGCUUCCUUCUCCCAUGGAUAUCGCUCACACAGGGCCUGUUCAGAUGGAGGUUUCCCAGACAGGGGUUCCUCAGGUGGAGCUGCCCCCUUCAGUGGCGCCUGCUCAGGUGGAACUGCCAUCUCCCAUGGAGACUGCUCAGAGGGAGCUGCUCCCUCCAAUGGAGCCUGCUCAGAGUGAGCUGCCAUCUCCCGUGGAGCCUGCUCAGAGUGAGCUGCCAUCUCCCGUGGAGCCUGCUCAGUGUGAGCUGCCAUCUCCCGUGGAGCCUGCUCAGUGUGAGCUGCCAUCUCCCGUGGAGCCUGCUCAGUGUGAGCUGCCAUCUCCCGUGGAGCCUGCUCAGUGUGAGCUGCCAUCUCCCGUGGAGCCUGCUCAGAGUGAGCUGCCAUCUCCCGUGGAGCCUGCUCAGAGUGAGUUGCCAUCUCCCGUGGAGCCUGCUCAGAGUGAGCUGCCAUCUCCCGUGGAGCCUGCUCAGAGUGAGCUGCCAUCCCCUGUGAAGCCUGCUCAGAGUGAGCUGCCAUCUCCAAUGGAGCAGUCAUCUUUGCUGGAGCCACCUCAGGUGGGACAUUGUCAGAAAGAGUUGCCUUCUCUUUUGAACUAUGCUCAAAUGGAGGUUGUGCAGACAGGGCCCACUCACAUGGGAUCUGUUCAGGAGGAGCUUCCUGCUGUCAUGGAACCACCUCUUCAAGUCAAGCCCAUUACUAAAAGGUCAUCUCCCCGAAAAGAUAAGACGAAGGAGAAGUUGAGCAUACGGCGUGAGAUGCUGCGGCAGGAACAAGUCCUUAUUGAAGUUGGCUUAGUGCCUGUUAGAGAGAGCCAGCUUCUAAAGGAAAGCAAGAGUGCACAGGGUCGCCCAGGCCUGUCUUCAUCACUGCCAAAGGGAAACUCAAGAAGAGAAGAGGCACCCAAGGACCAAAACAUCUCUGAGGGGGAAGGAAUCGCCCCUCUCAAAGUAGGGACUGAGGAAGCCUGCGAGAGCCAAACUGAACUUGUUGCUCCAAAGGACUCUACCAGUGUGUUAUCCUCUGAGCAAAAUUCAAAAGUGCCAGAUGGUGAAACACUACAUGCUAAGUGUCAGACAGGUUCAGUUGGGGCUUGUGAAAUUGAAGUGGGCACUGAGCAGAACACAGCAGACAACGUCCCUGUGAAGGGCUCAGCAGUCGGGCCAGGGUCACCAGUGCCUCGUCUCCCGUCAGCAGAACGUGAAGUGGCAUCCGCAGCUGUAGUGGCCUCACCUCCUAUCACUUUGGCUGAAAACGAGUCUCAGGAAAUUGAUGAAGAUGAAGGCAUCCAUAGCCACGAUGGUAGCGACCUGAGUGACAACAUGUCAGAAGGCAGUGAUGAUUCCGGGCUGCAUGGAGCUCGGCCAGGGCCACAAGAAGCUGCUUCAAAAAACGGAGAGGAAGGGUUGGCAGUUAAAGUAACUGAGGGAGAUUUUGUUUGUAUUUUCUGUGAUCGUUCUUUUAGAAAGGAAAAAGAUUACAGCAAACACCUCAAUCGCCAUUUGGUUAAUGUGUACUUCCUUAAGAAGGCAGCUGAGGGGCAGGAGUAGACCGGAAGUGCAGUUCUUGGUGUAAACACGUCUCUGCUUCUAGUUUAAGGCAGGAGGCAAAUGCAAGCUUGCUUUAAGUAGUGCCCAGUGCUGAUUUUGAAGCGACAUUCUUUUUCUUAGGACUGUGUCUUAUCUAUUGACUGUUGCAUAAAUCUUAGCAAAGCCUAGGAGGUUAAUGUAAGGAAACAGACACUUAAAUCUGUUAGCGUGUGCAGUCGAGUGGAAAGAGGAAGGCAAGAUGGCAGAACAUUGCUUCUUGCCUUGUUCACCUGCAGCCUGUCAGUUUUUUAUGUCUUUUUCACUUUAGUUUCUAUUUUUAGUUCCUUGUUCAGAUUGAUAAAAAUUGGCGUAGCAAAUUACUUGAAUUUGCCUGCUUUAUAUAAAUAAAGUUAGCACUUUAAAGUUUCUUUAGAUCACAAAAAAGACAUUUAAAUUGAAGAAAAAUUCUUUGAACAGUGGACAUUGUAUCUGUCCAGGUAACUGCUUCCUGACUUAAUGGUCAAUAUGUUGUGUUUGUAUGUUAAUCAUUAUAAAAAGUGAUUUUUGGUGUUUUUUAUUUUGGUGCUUUACUGGCUUAAUAUGUUGCACAUGGUUUUUGUUUUUUAACCUAUGCAGUUAAUUCCUCCCCCCUAGACAUAGCAUUGUGUUUGAUAGUAACACUUUAUCCAUAUAUGCAUGGUUUUUCUUUUGGGGGUGUGCUUUUAGGCUUGUUUGCAAAGGGCCGUUUUCCUUUUCUUUGCAAUUGUCUUUUGCAGAACUACAGUGUGUGAGGUUAUGAGCAAUGGAACAUGCAGGUUCAAUCCAUUGUUUUUUUAUUUCUUACUUUAAUUAUAACUGCUUAUCUAUGCCAGAAUCAGUUUCAUAUAAGUUAUUUUGAAUGGCGAGCAUAUGCGUAAUUCACAGCUCUGGUCUGACUUUUCCAGUAAGCCAUGAGAUCCCAUAUUGACAAAAUUUAAUCUCAUAUCAGCCAUUAAGAGUUUUUUUUUCUUUUGCUGAUUCUAGCUUAUCUCUUAGAAAGUGAUAAAUUGUUCUUUGAAGAGUUUAUUUUUUCAAUAGAUAGUUGACGUUGGGAUGGACGCUUAGCUGAGUAAAGAACUCCAAGUGAUUGGUGGAAACAGCAAAUUUGGAACCAGACAUAGUUACUGUUCAAACUAUAGAAUAUCACUUGUGAGGAAGCCAUCAUGGUCACAUGGCUAAUCGAGAAUGGAGUGCUAACUUCUGGCCAACAGCUGCAUCUUCCAGUGAGUACCUGAACAGGGCUGAUGUUCAUACUUCUCAGGGAUCUCCACAGACUCGUGGGUGUCCUCACUGCCCCUGUGAGACAGCCUCUGUACAGGAGAGGCCUCCAGCGAAUUGCAGCCAUCCUGGUGUCUUCAGUGACAUUGCUGAGAAGCCGCACGCUCCAGAACUGGUUCUGUGCUCUUUGGUCAAUGCCAGAACGUGAAUUAGUCCAACUUGGGAUGUGUUUUUUACUGGUAGUAGCUACAAAGUACGAUCCCAAGUGGGACUUGUGACAUUUUGGUGGUCAUGUUCUGUUUGGACAUAACCUCUGUGUAUUUCAUUUAUUUUCUUUUACCUGGCGAUCUCUGAGCAGGCUUCAGAUUUUGACAGUUCAUGAAAGAUGACAAGCAUUAAUGUAUGUGUGAAAAGCUUAGGGAAAUUCUGAGUGAAGUUAUAGUUAAAGUUGGUUGAACUUGGGAUUGACUGGGAGGCCAAAGAUUUAAAAAGCGGAAAAUUCUCUCAAAACACAAGUUGUGUGAUAAUAGUGUGUGCUUUGUGUGUGUGAAUGAGGAUUUGUAAAUGUUGAAUUCUAGGCUCCGACAAUCAUUGUCAGUGCAGAUCAGACUGCAAGUAUUUAUGUUUUAAAACUUAAAUUAUAAAGCUAGUUAAGUCUUUCUAACAACUAGUUUUAAUGUUCAUGAGCACGUUUUACCUAUGUUACCUAUUCAAGAUGUUGGAAAAGAUGCAUCGCAAGCACAGGUGGAGGCUGGGAGCUAGCUGGUUUUGAGGAAGAGGCCUUUGUGGAGUCUUUCCUAUAGUAAAGGAAGGAAAACAGUGCCUUCUGGGACUAAACUAAGUUUUAAUUUGAGAUUAGAAGUCAAAAACAAAAAUAUAAAGGAAAUUGAAACCUCGUUAAAUUGAUCUUUGAAGCAUUGAAAUGAAAUUGAGUGGGACUUUGAGGCCUUCUUCCAGAAAACAAGGACUUGGUUGCCAGGCCUAUAUUAGGCCUAAACCUUGGUGCCAUUGUUUACUUAAAUUUUUUCAAUGGAAAGUACAGUUUGGAGUUCUUCCAUUUGAAAACUGUGACUUUUGCAUGGGAUUGUUUGAAUCUUGUUUUCUAGUCUCUCUUCUUGUCACCAACUUCAUAGUCUGAAGGUAGAUUUUUCUCUUGAUAAAGGAACAAAAAAAGUGAACAUCUUAUUUGUAAAUUGAUAUCUAGUAACUAGUGUUAAACUUGAAAUGGUAGAAUUCUUUAAAGCCUAAUUUUUGGUAGCCUUAGAAAGAUGUAUCUUAAUUAUUUUUGAACCUGUAUUCACCUUGUUUUUUCAUAUAUCUUAAGUUAUAUUUUCUUUUCAGAGCUGCUUAUUUGGGGCUUUUUUUUUAAAUUGAGGCGUAAUUCAUAAAAGAGGGUACAUUGUUUUGAUGAUAUUUUUACAACGUUGGCUGGAUGUCUUUAGUCUUCCAAGAAGGGCCAUUUUACUUUUAGAGUUACUUUACUUUUAAAGUCUUGAGGUAACACUUGGACCACUUUGCAUGUAAGCGCUAAUGCAAAUUAAAACUCAAGUUGACCUCAAGCAGUUCACUCUAUGAAUGUUGACAGCAAAAAGAACACUUAGCUUGUUGGGGGCUGAAGAAAUUUUUUUUUUUUUUUCAAAAAUCAAGGUAUACUCUAGGGUUUCCUGGUCGACCUCAAUAGAUAAAGUUCAGAAAUGCUCUGGAUGUGUUAGGUUUACAGUCUACAUACACGGCUGGCUAAGUGAGAUGGCUUUUACAGUUCUGCAUGUAUCCCUUAGGCUUCCCAUUAGUUACUGAACCCCUAAAACUGGUAUUGUAAUAUUACAACAAUGUUUUGCGCCAAUUUUAUAAACCUUUACAGUGCAAUAUGUGUUACUUUUCUGAGGCAAACCAAAGGUGUAUUUCUCAAGGUUCUGCUGCCUUCAGCAGCGUUUGGAGGAUCUUUUAUACAUUUGUAAUAGAUAGAAAUAAACCAGAAAUGCAGUUUUCAUUUUUCUGUCUUUCUUUUUUUUUUUAAUUGUAAACCAUGUACCAAGUUUCUGGUCAAGAUUGUGUAGGAUAAGUUAAACAUAAUUGCAUUCUAUUAACCAAUAUGAGUGUAUUUCUUAUGCAUAUAGUUACAUUGAAAUAAAGUUCUAAAAACACGA